UUCUUUUCACAAAUGGAACGCCUGAUCGAAAAGGCUAUAAGUAUACUUUGCUUGGAAUGAGUCGGCAGAACGCUGGUUAACCCACGUGGAGCGUCUGAAACGUGCUAGUUCAUAUGAACUGAAGUUACGACGAGAUGUUUAUUCCUAGGGAGAAUAAUACUGAUGGAAACUGGGAAGAAUUUACCUUAAUAUUGGUGAGUACCUGACUACGUACUUCUGCAUCAGAGAAACGCUUCAAAAACAUAUCUGUACCACAGUAGGAUUCAGAGGUGGUUGUACACAUUAAAUUUUCGACACGGAACUAUUUUAAAAUACGUGUUUUUAUUGGUGAAAUGCUAUAGAAAAGCAGAUACGUUGUGUUAGAAAUUAUCUAUUAUGUUAUGCGUUUUGAGUCAUAAAAGGUUAAGACACACUAAAAUAAAGUUAAUAAUGUACCUUAGGGUUUGAAAAACAUUUUCAUUUUCAACAAGACGAAAAAACGUCUUCAGGUCAUUACUAAAGUCAAAACUUACUAUCUUUUUCAUUUUAUUUCUGUUUGAUUCUCAAAGCCAGCGGUUUCAAUAGGAAAUGUGGGCCAGUUAGCCGUGGAUCUGGUAGUUUCUACUGUUUGUCCAGAUGGUUCCCCCAUUGGAUAUCUGUAUGAUUCGUGUGUCUUGCCUGUAGUGGGGAAUGAUGCCUUUACUUUGUCAACAGAAGCUCCUGGAAAACUAAAUGUCAGUGUUGAAGGUUUGUACAAUCAACUUUCCCUUUACCUUUGAUAUUCCACAAUCUUAUUUAUUUAUUUAUUCUCCUUUGUACAUGCUGAACAAUCUUUGUAAAUUAGUUAUCAAAAACUUGGUGGUAUGUGUAAAAUGAAUUUUUAUUACCAGUUUGAUUGUUUGCUUGAACUAGAGUCUACAUUUUAUUACUCAUGAACUUUAGAUAACAUUUGAAAAAAAUACCUUUAGGGCAUCCUUUGUUAAAGGGAAGGGUUCUUGUGUAGAUGACUAAUUGCUGUGUUAGGGAUUGUUGGUAUGAAACCAGAAAUGUCUGUGAAAGAAUGUGAAAAAGGUGCCUCAUAAAGCUCCUCAUGGAGUGUUCCAUAUAACCACAUGCAAAGCUUUGGUUGACAUAUGUUUUAUUUCUUUGGCAGUGUACAAAAAUGAUGAUCUGAAGUUUAUUGUAGUUCAACAGAGAGCUCCACUAGUUAAGGUAAAUAUUUGAGUAUUACGGAGACAACUGUAUACAAUGAUUAUCUUUCCUUAAGGUUGAAUUGUGACCAGAUGCUUGAUGUGCUUAGAAAACAUACAUUUAAAAUGUAUGCAAAGUACAAUCAUGUUUAAUGACAAAAAUUUGUCUUGAUUUAUUUACUUAAUAAUGUUAUUGUAUAUAUGAUUUUCAGAAUUAUAGUCAAACCUGUAUUAAGCAGACACCUUUGGGGAAUGGUGUGGUGACCGCUUAAUAUAGGUUGAGCACUUGAUCAUGUUUUAUAGAAUAGGUGUAUUUGCCCCCGCAGGGUUUUUGGCCCCAGAGGGCCAAAAACCCGAGGAGGCACCUUAGGACUCCCCGUGUAAUAUAGAGGAAGACUGGAGAAGAGAGAAUGUGGGUAUUUUCGGUAGAUCAUAACCAGAAAAAAUCUCGAUUUGAUUGCUUGCACGGCCGCAAGGUAUCAACGUUUUUCCCGCAAAUGGUCAUGGGCUGCCAGUAAAAAGACACGCGCGCGAGGACUUUUAGGAUCGGCGUCUUUGACACGAGAUAUAGAGGAAGGCUGGAGAAGAGAGAAUGUAGGCCCUCUUAAGGUAUAAUGUUGUGUCUAAUAACUAUUUAAUAAUAUAUUGUUCUUCAAUGCUGUCUAUAAAUUGUUCUCCAAUGCCACCUAUAACAUUCCAAUGUUAAAACUCACCCAAGUCCCUUCAUUCUGCUUCUUCUUGAUCGUGAAGAACAAACAAAUCCUAAGUUAAACCACACAGCAAAAAAAAAAAAAAAAACCCCAAGCACUUCCCAAAACUACAUUUUGUACACUUGUAGUAUUUUGAGAUCCAAAAUUACUAACACCAAAGUACUGAGCCGCAAUUCCGUAACAGCAUAACAGAAAAAUUACACAACUGUAAACAACAAGCCCAACUCCAAAAAAAAAAAGAAAAUGGUACUGUAGGGCGGGGGCAGCUCUAGUGAGAACUAUAACUAGUAUAAAAAAGACUACAAGAAAUGCCAUCUUAUGCCAUAAUUUACCACUUAAUUUCAGUCCACAUGUUGCUUGCUAUCAAGGAAUCUUAUCAUCAAUGUUUUAAGUGCUUGAGCUCUGUUAAAGUAUCAAUUUGUUGCAUACCAGUAACUGUAGAAUGAUAUUACCAUUUAUUUCAGGGUCGUCAGACUGAGUACUGCAAGAAACUUGUUACCUGGAUUAAAAGUUGCAACUUCAAACAAGUCAUCCUUGUUUCCAGUAUUAGUGCUACAGAAAGAGUUGAUGCACAGAUUGAAGGGUAAGAAAUUCACCUGUCAGACUAGUUCCAUUUUUUAAUCAAUUAUUCUUUUAUUUUUACCAUGUGGUUAGAUUUAUAGCAAUCACAUCAUAAUGUGUAUAGAAAGAGAAAUUAAGGAACAUUCCUUCUUAAGAUGUCAUAACAUAUACAAUUUAUACUGUACUUCAUCUGAGUCACUCAAGACAUCUCAAAGAUUUUUUAAAAUGGUUACUGUCGUCAUUAACAACGCAUUGAUUAAAUUACAACUUAACUAAUGAAGAUGGCUCAUGUGAAGAAAAGCAAAUUAAAUUAAUUUGAGUUCAGAUGACACCUAAUGGAACACUCAACUCAACUCACUCAAAUUUUUGUUUUUAGCCAUCAUUGCCAGCAAAUAUGGUAUUUGACGGGGUAACUUUAGAAAGAUAAGUGUUUUGCCAAUUCUCAGAGCUUCCUGUUUUUUUGUAAAUUCAAGAAAAGUUAAAUUACAAUUUGAAGCUAAAAUAAGCAACAAAGAAAGAUUUGAAGAGAGUAAGGAGAAAGUAGAAAGCUUAAAUUUUUGAUGUUACAAUCAUUGUACUCAGUUUUUUUUUUUUUCAGUUCUCCAUUGAGAUACCUUGUAACACCUGCAGUAAAAAACCUCCUUCCAGUAUUUGAUGAAUUGUCAUGGAAGUCAUUGGAAAAGAGACCAAAAUUUCCUCAUGUUAACACUGAAGGUGGGUGACAAAUUUGAGUGUUUUUUUGUUUCUAUCUUUAUUUCUGGAUUUAGGUUAAUUUUCAUUCAGCUGCCUCUUCUGUACCUUCCUAAACAUAGUUAUGGCAAAAAUGUGUUUUGAAAGAUUUUUUCAGGUCUGCUAAACUUCUGCUCACUUACUUGUCAUGGUUUAAGGGGGUGGGGGUGUUUGCACCUUCUACCUUAACCCCUGUGGAAGAGGCAAUCCAUUUUGAAGACUUUUACUUGACUGCAGAAUUGACAUCAUGUUAACCAAUAGCACAGUGAAACCCACAACAUCAUAGGCAGUAUACAUCACCACACUGAACCUUCUAAAUAGCAAGCUCUCACCUUGGUUAUUCACAACACCGUUUUGUAGAAUUCUUAACUUUAAAGUUUCAUUAUGUGAGCAUUCAGUAAUGGAAGUGUUGGGGAUACUUUAAGUAGUGAUAUUUCAUGAGUUUUCCUCUUUCUUUUUCAGAAUCAUCAGAUGAAGACAAAACUUUCUUUUUCCCUGGAGGAGGAUUCACAAAGAAGCUUUAUGAGGCUUGGUAAUGUUUUUUUACCCUUAAGUUUUUUUUACAGUUUGAAAAAUGGGAAAUAAUAAUGUUAUGGGAUAGAAUAUCAUCUUUUACCAUGGAAAAAGGUGAUGAAUUAAUUUUUUUUAAGUGAGGUGCAUUUCAACUGUCUGAAAAAAAUGAGGGAAAUCAAUGCAUCAUUGUCAAAUCCAUUUUAUGUUUGUGUUUUUAGUUGCAGAGAUGACAUCCCUCUGACUGUGGUAUUAACAUUUUGUUCAGAAGGGGAUAAUAUAUCAGAUGCAGUAAAUCUCUUUCUUUAUCUUAAUGCCUGGCUCAAGAUGGUUCCCAAAGAAAAGGUGAGAGAUUAAUUCUAACGUUAACAGCAUGUUUUGAGAAAACAUCCCUUUAGUUGAUUGUGAUUUAUCCACAAGAUUCAUGCCAACCAAUCUUAUAACAACUGGGAAAUUCAGAUAAAUCAUUAACUUUUGAUAUCUGGUACACCCCUGUAGUUUAAUAAUGGCUUACUGAAGCUUACUGUGCAUUCUUUUUCAGGUUGAAGACAGGAUUCUAGGAAAACCAAGUGAGUUUUGGGGACAUGUUGUUAAUAUUAUAUAUUUUAUGUCCAAUCAUUGACUGUCACCUCUGGCAAGCUCAACUCACCCUAUAUACUUGCAUUUGUUGUAUCUGUAAACUCUCAGGCAAUCCUGAACUUUGCCAGAGAUGUCACACCUCUGUUGAUUGCAUAAGAUGGCUGUAGGUAUACAGCUAUGUCAUUGCUGGUCUCAAUCCAUCCUCUCAUGUGGGAACUAGACCAUGAGCCAUCUUAUACCUAGUAAGUUUACUAUGCUGAUCUGGCCUAACGAGGCUGGAGCAGCCAUCUAAGACUGCUACCUCAGUGGCCCACUUUUGACUUCUGGUCACCAUUGAUAAUAAUGGUAAUGAGCACAAUUUCGUCAAACAUCUCAUUAUCACACCUAAUUGAAAGAAAAUGAAAAUGAAACUGGUUGGAACGUUUUGUACUGGUGACAAAUAAUUCAAUAGGUAACAUUCAGAACUGAGGAUGGUGAAAGCAUUACAGAUUAGUCCACACAAGUUGUUGAUAAAUAUUGCAUAGGAAAAUAAUCAGGAUAUAUAUUUUGCAGGUGACUUCAAUUUUCCAGCAUCCUGGCGCUUGAUGUUUGGUUCACCAGUCCAUCCAGAUGGAAAUCUAUUUUGAAGAGUUGCACUUUAAACAAUCUCAAUAAAUAUGUUGAUUUAAAACUCCAACAACCAACACUGGAUGGCCAGUUGUGAAGAAAACAGCAAUGCAGGAAAAAGUCGCCGAGCAAAUAUACCACUGACAGUUUUUAAAGUGAAAAGAAUUCUCAAGCAGUACAAAAACAAUGACUGAUAGUAGUGCCAUGAAAACAGAGUCAUGUAAAAAGCUUGGCAUGGAUUUAGUUUUCCUGAGCAUUUUACUUAGGGUUUAAUUCCUUAAUAAGUACCAUUUUAAAAAAAAUAAUCAUGUUUGAUCAAAACUGACCUCUGGAGUUUGAUUAUGGCUCUGUCAGAUUUAAACCCCUGAAACCCCUUAGAGUGACCAGUAUCUGAACCCUUUAACUCCCAGAUCAAAUUUGUACUUCUCCUUACUGUCAACCAUACAAUUUUUAUGAUGUUAGUUCAGAGAAUUUAGUAUUGGAUCAACUAAUUAUCCCCAAAUUUACAUUUUUCUUUCUUCUCAUCACUUAUCUGGUUGAUAUUGUAUUGAUAUUGUAAGGAGAAAUUCUGUUUCAGUCACUCGUGGGAGUUAACGGGUUAAAUCUCCUUACAGAAAUACUGCUGAAUCAUUUUUUAAGAUCAUAAGAGUAACUAUAAAAAUGAUUGCCAACCUAAGAAGCUUUGAUUGUUGAAUGAAUUCUCCUUGUCAGCACCAAAGGAAGUGUACUUGUGGAGAACAUGGAUACUGAUCUUAUGGUGUACAGGGUAAACUGAAGAGGAAUUUCUGUGGGUACGGACAACUUUUCAUAACUUUCAAACUGUUUCUGUGGAACAAUGAUGGUCUGUCAAGUGUGUGUGUACAGUGCAUUCAAACAAAGAAUGAAGCACAAACAUUUUUUGUUGGAAAAUAUAUUACUUUCUUUGAAUGUUCAGAAAAUAUGUAAAUUUGCUACACUGAGACAUUAGAUUCCUAGCUGGUAUAUAUUAAGUAUUAAUCUAACAAGAUUGUCAGCUGUAUUAGGACUUUACUGUUAGACCUCUUCUCUGCAUGGCGCUAACAGAGCUGAGCAAUAAUUCAUGUUUCUACCCCUUUUCAAUGUCUUAAAAGUACUUCUAGAAAAUAAUAAUUAAUUGUGACAACUCUCUAGUAUAAGAAAAUAACUUUUGAUCUAUUUGGACUUAAUAUUCAUUUUCACUUUUUGAAAUCUCUAUGUUAUGUCGCACUUGCAGAGCAAGAAUUGUCAAUACUUAAUUCUCCUUUGAAAAAUAAAUUAGUACCUCUCUGCUUUGUUUCAUCUAGUAUCAAUAUGACAAAACUAUUUAUUGCAAUUUUAGUGAUUGCUCUUCUCACCAUAUGGUUUACAGUAACC